UUCAUCAGCUAUCGCCAUUCGUACGCCCACGACACAGCCAAACGGACGCGAUUCACCGGACCCAGCAGUGGACGAUUCAACGACGAUGUGGGAGAUUCGGAGCGUGAAGGACUUAUGUCCAAUUUGGGAGGUGAUGGAGACGCUGUGAUCGAGAUGGAUGUGCUGCCUCCGCGCUGGCUGGACCUACAAGACGAAGUCACGCAGCAUCUCGCAAAUGUCACAAGCAAGAUGAAGAGGCUGGAUCAAAUGCAUGCGAAGCACGUCUUGCCCGGAUUCGACGAUGAGAGCGUGAAGGCAAAGGAAGAGAGGGAAAUUGAAGCACUCACGCGAGACAUCACAAAAGAUUUCACAAGCUGUCAGAAGGCUAUCAAGGGGAUUGACAGGAUGGUUCAAGAGCAACAACAGCACUCCAGUGGCGCUGUGUCGAAUUCGGAGCUCACCAUGGCCAAAAAUUUGAAGAUGUCCCUGGCCUCGCGAGUGGGGGAUGUCAGCACGUUGUUCCGCAAGAAGCAGUCCGCCUACUUGAAGAAGCUGAGAUCGCUGGGUGGUAUGGGCGGGGCGAGUAGCCCUUUCGAUCGAUCAAAUACUCCGACGGCGCAAAAUCCGUACACGGAUCCAGCGAUGAUGGAGUCCGAGACGGAUCGCUCUUCUGCGCAGUCAACUCUGCUGCAGACAGCCCAGGUACGACGCCGUACAGGAGUUUUGGAUUCGGCCAUCGAGCAAAGGGAGCGAGAGAUCGAAAGGAUUGCGCAAGGUGUAAUUGAUCUGUCGAAUUUGUUCCAGGAUCUACAAACUAUGGUCAUUGAUCAAGGGACCGUGCUGGAUCGAAUCGAUUACAACGUCGAACGAACCGCGGAGCAUGUCAAGGAGGCCGACAAGGAGCUCAAGGUAGCAACAGGCUAUCAAAGGCGGAGUGUCAAGCGAAAAGCGAUCUUGCUAUUGAUCUUGAUCGUGGUUGGCAUGUUCAUCUUGCUAUUGAUCAAG